AUGUCGUUGAUAAUCCCCGAGAAGUUUCAACACAUUCAUCGUGUUAUGAACACCAAUAUCGACGGUAACCGCAAGGUUCCGUACGCCCUCACCGCUAUUAAGGGUGUUGGUCGACGUUUCGCGUUCUUGUGUUGCCGCAAGGCCGAUGUUGAUGUGACCAAGCGCGCAGGAGAACUCACUGAAGAUGAUUUCGAGAAGAUUGUCACAAUCAUGCAGAACCCUGCUCAAUACAAAAUUCCAAACUGGUUCCUCAACAGACAAAAGGAUAUCAAGGAUGGAAAAUAUUCACAGCUCCUUUCUACCGGUGUUGACAACAAGCUUCGUGAGGAUCUUGAGCGCCUGAAGAAAAUCCGUUUGCACAGAGGUCUCCGCCAUUACUGGGGACUCCGUGUACGAGGUCAGCACACAAAAACCACUGGACGCAAGGGACGCACUGUUGGUGUGUCGAAGAAGAAGGGAGGAUAA